AUGCCUGACAAAGUCAGUUGGGCAAUCAAGACAUUGACAGGGGAGCAUGCAACCUGUGGCAGGCUUGAGGUAAACCCUGUUGUUAGCUGUGAUUGGCUUUGCAGACAUCUGCAGUCACAUAUUGAAGCCAAUCCAGACAUUCCAGUAGAGUCUUUGCAAAGAAUCUGUAUGGAAAGGUACAAAAUUCAUGUGAAACAAAGGUUGUUUUACAAGGUGAAAGCAGUUUCCAAGGAGAUGAUUCAUGGUGGCUUUGGAGAGGCAUACAGUCUCCUUCCAAGAUAUGCUGAGAUGGUGAAAGAGACCAAUCCAGGAAGUUAUGCACUAGUGACAUGGACACAAUUAUCUGCAAAUGUCCAACCUAGGUUCAAGGCAUGCUUCUUCUCCUUUGCUGCCCAAGUUAGAGGCUUUUUGAGAGGGUGUAGGCCUAUCAUUGGCAUUGAUGGGGCCCAUCUAAGUGGUUAUUAUAAGGGGAUUCUGCUAACAACAGUUGGAAUUGAUGGGAACAGUGAGAUCUUUGUGUUUGCUUAUGGCAUAGUAAGCACAGAGAGUGUUGAGACUUGGGGUUAUUUUAUGAGGAAUUUGAAGUGCCUUUUUCAGAAAGAGGGAUGCAACAGAGAUGAUUGGACUUUUAUCUCUGACAGGAUGAAGGGAGUUGAUGCAGCAAUUAUGGAGACAUUCCCCAAAGCCAGUAGAAGAAUAUGCUGUCAACACUUGUACAGCAACUGCAAAACAAAUGGUUUUAGUGGAAUAGCUUUUCACAAGCUCUUUUGGGUUGCUGCUGAUGCUUACAAUCCAUAUGUCUUCAACAAAGCAAUGGAGAAGAUUCAUGCCUACAAUCCAAAGGCUGUUGAUUACUUGAACAACACCACUGAGGUUUGGUCAAGGCAUCAGUUUGAGCCAGCAAUUUGUUGUGACCAUAACACAACAAAUUUUGUGGAAUCAUUCAACUCUUGCACCAAGCCAUACAGAGAUCUACCUGUGUUAAAGCUACUUGAAGCUAUUAGGCAAUGGUGCAUGAGUAGGAUGGCUUCAAGGUUUGAUAAAGCAACAUCAAUGGGAGAUGGGGAGCUCACUGAGUAUGCUACUAAGAUCUUGAAAACAAGAUCAGAUGAGUCUAGGUUCUGCUAUGCUACACCAUGUGGGGGUGAUGAGUUUGAGGUGAGGGAUCAACAUGUGCACUUUCCCAUUAAACUUGGGGCUGGAACUUGUGGUGUUGGAAAGUGGCAACUUUCAGGGAUCCCCUGUAAGCAUGUGAUUAGGGUGAUUUACCACCAAAGGCUGCAGGCUGUAGAUUUUGUGUCACCUUAUUUCAAAAGGAGGGCAUACAAAAGCACUUAUGCUGAGCAUAUGCACCCAAUGCCUGACCAAACCCAGUGGCCUUCUUUCAACCUGCCUGACAUACUACCACCCCCCGUGAAACGAUCUGCAGGCAGACCUAAGAAGCAGAGAAGAAGAGGUGCAAGUGAAGCAAGAAAAGGGAAGAGGCAUAGCACAGUUAAGUGCAGCCUAUGCAAGGAGUUGGGGCACAACAUGUUGACAUGUGCUGCAAAGAAAAAGAUUGCAGCAGCUGAAGCAACAACUGCAGCAACCAACAACAAUGCAGAAGCUGAAGCAAGCACUUCAAGGUCCAAGAAGAGAGCAAAGAAAGCUGCUUGA